AUGGCUCAAAUCAUAUUGUUGUUGUUGUUUUUGUUUGUUUGUUUUGUUUAGAAUGGUGUGUUUGGUGUUGAAGUGAAGUCAGUGACAGAGGGAGAUUCAGUCACUCUAAACUCUGAAGUUACAAAGAUACAAGAAGAUGAAGACAUACUCUGGAAAUUUGGAGCCUUAAGUCUUAAGUCUUUAAUUGCUGAAAUGAGUGGAGCUGCUGGAGUCUGCUCCACAUAUGAUGAUGUUUCUGAUGGGAGAUUUAAAAACAGACUGAAACUGGACAAUCAAACUGGAUCUCUGACCAUCACGAACAUCAGAUCUGAACAUUCUGGACACUAUGAAAUGCUGAUACGUGGAGCUACACUGACAACAAAAACAUUCAGCGUUUCUGUCUACGCUCAUCUGCCUGCUCCUGUCCUCACCUUCAACUCUUCUCAGUGUUCUUCAUCCCAGUAUAAUUGUUCAGUUGUGUGUUCAGUGGUGAAUGUGAGCGCUGUGAGUCUCUCCUGGUACAAAGGAAACAGUUUAUUGUCCAGCAUCAGUGUGUCUGAUCUCAGCAUCAGUCUCUCUCUACCUCUAGAGGUGGAAUAUCAGGAUAAAAACACCUACAGCUGUGUGAUCAACAACACCCUCAGCAACCACACCACACAUCUGGACAUCAACACACUCUGCCAACCAUGUCCAGGUUCUCCUGUCUCUGUACCUCUGCUGAUUUCUGCUGGAUCUCUGUUGAUUGUAUCUUCAGUUGUGAUCUUGAUCUACAGGAAACACAGAAAAGGUGACCAAGAAGCUGAGAUUCAGUCAGAGCAGAUCACUUACAGUGAGCCUGUGUUCAAUACAUCGGUUGGAAACUUCUCCUUCAGGUUGGAAUGUGUAUGGAAAGCACAAAAGGAGCUGGUCCUCGACACGGGGAACUUCACUUUGGCUGACUGA